UAUUGAUGCGAUUUGCGCGUGCGACCGGUCGCAAUCAUUACGUUUACAAUUAUUGCGCGGCAGACUGAGUUUGUUCAGUCCAAAGGUUAAUUAAAUCAAACUAAAAAAAGAUAGGUAACAGAAUUAUACAGCACAAAUCCUAGUUGCUUUUGUCUUCGGACUAGCAGCAGGUGAGUGCAACCAAUUCUUAAAGUGAACAUUUUUUUUCUUUUGCCCCUCCCGUUUUAUCUAUUUACGCGUAUUGCAAUAUGUCACGUUAUUUCUGAAUUUCAGUAUUAUACUUUUUAUUUGAAUUUAAUUAAAAUAAUCAAAUAAUUGAAACUCAGUUAAUUCAAUUUUUUUAUACAAUAUUUUUAAAAAUAAUAUUAAAUAUACGUUAUUUUUUUUUUAUCUGAGUUUCAGAAGUAUACGUAUCCAUUUUAAAAGUGUAUGUGUGAUACCUAAUAAUAUUAGGUAAAGAAUUUCUAAUUACAAUCAAAAUGUCACUGUGGGCAAAAGCACAACAGUUACCACAAGAUGCAUUGCAAGAAGUACGUUCAGUUUAUGGAGAGCAUUUUCCAAUUGAAGUUCGACACUUCUUAUCUUCUUGGAUAGAAGAAAAAAUGACUGAUAUAGAGCCUGAUAACCCACAAUAUGAACAAUAUAUAGCUACUCUUGUUAGAUCUUUAAUUCAAGAAUUAGAAACUAAGGCAGCGUCAUUAAACACAGAUGACAUGUUUUUAACAAAAUUAAAAUUAAUGGAGGCUGCAAAAAAUUUUCGUCAGAGAUAUACGCAUAAUCCUACGGCAUUAUUUAGAAUAAUUAGACAUUGUCUAGGAACAGAAAUGAAAUUAGUAGCUCAAGUGGAGAAUUUGGGAGGUGCAUUAAUGAGUAUGGCAGGAGGAAAAGUAGGAUUGAUUAGUGAUGCUGUUGCUGAGAUAGCUCAACAUGUUGAGUCCCUGCGACGUAGAACUCAAGAAACUGGAGAAGAUUUACGAAAAAUGGAACAAGAACAAGAGGCAUUUGCUAUUAGUUAUCAUGAAUGUACUAAACUAAAUGCACAUCUUCAACAUCUUGCCACACAGCCACAAAAUCAACAAAAUUUAGAUAUGGAAAAAAAAAUUAGAAGGCAAAAAGAGCAACAAGAACAAUUAUUGAAUCAUAAAGUAGCAGGUUUAAUGCAGUUACGAUUAACAUUAGCUGACAAAUUGAAAGACACUAUUACUAGAUUAAAUAGUUUGCAAUCUAGAGUUUUAGAUGAUGAACUUAUUAGAUGGAAAAGAGAUCAGCAAUUAGCAGGAAACGGUGCACCAUUUAACAGCAAUUUGGACUCUAUUCAAGAAUGGUGUGAAAGUUUAGCUGAAUUAAUUUGGCUUAAUCGUCAACAAAUUAAAGAAGCAGAACGUUUGAAACAAAAAUUUGCAUUAGAACCACCAGGAAUGCAAGAUAUUCUUCCUGCUUUAAAUUCCCAAAUUACACAGCUUCUUAGUUCGUUAGUUACAAGUACAUUUAUUAUAGAAAAGCAACCACCGCAAGUAAUGAAAACCAAUACUCGUUUUACAAGUACGGUACGUUUGCUCGUUGGUGGAAAACUGAAUGUUCAUAUGACUCCUCCUCAAGUAAAAGUGAGCAUUAUCAGUGAAGCUCAAGCUAAUGCUUUAUUAAAGAGUGAUAAAAUGGCAAAAAAUGGAGAAGCUAGCGGUGAAAUUUUAAAUAAUACAGGGACGAUGGAAUAUCAUCAAGCGACAAGACAACUUUCUGUAAGCUUUCGUAAUAUGCAAUUAAAAAAGAUCAAAAGGGCAGAGAAAAAAGGAACGGAAUCUGUAAUGGAUGAAAAAUUUUCGCUUCUCUUUCAAUCACAAUUUAGUGUUGGAGGAGGUGAAUUGGUAUUCCAAGUUUGGACGUUAAGUUUGCCAGUUGUAGUAAUUGUACAUGGAAAUCAAGAACCACAUGCCUGGGCUACAGUUACAUGGGAUAACGCGUUUGCUGAACCAGGAAGAGUACCAUUUGCAGUACCUGAUAAAGUUCCAUGGAGUCAAGUAGCUGAAGCAUUAAAUGUUAAAUUUAGAUCUGCAACAGGUCGUUCAUUAACAGAAGAUAAUCUACGUUUUCUCGCGGAAAAAGCAUUUCGCGGUGGUAACGCAAGUGGACAAGAUUACUCUAGUUUAUUUUUGAGUUGGGCACAAUUUUGUAAAGAACCAUUACCAGAAAGAAAUUUUACGUUUUGGGAAUGGUUUUAUGCUGUGAUGAAAUUAACCAGGGAACAUUUAAAAAAUCCAUGGAUGGAUGGUUACAUACUUGGAUUUGUGAGAAAGAGGCAAGCAGAAGAAAUGUUAGCAAAUUGUGCAUCAGGAACUUUUCUAAUGCGUUUCUCAGAUUCUGAACUUGGUGGUGUUACAAUUGCUUGGGUUGGAGAUCAGACAGAAGUUUUUAUGUUACAACCAUUCACGAGCAAAGAUUUUACGAUACGCAGUUUAGCUGACCGUGUGUCCGAUUUGCAACAUCUACUUUAUUUAUAUCCAGAUAUAUCGAAAGAUCAAGCCUUUUCUAAAUAUUACACGCCGUUUACAGAAAAUCAGUCUACAUCAGCGAAUGGAUAUGUGAAGCCAUUUUUGGUAACACAUGUGCCUGGUUGGGGUGGACCUGGUAUUGGUGGUCAAACACCGUCACACUCUUCCGUAGUAGGAGUAGGAAGUAAUGGUCAAAGUGGUCCUGGUAGUAGUUAUCCUGCAACACCAUCCACUAUAUUUCAGGCACAUAGUCCAGAUCCCUCUGUAACGCGUGAUACUCCAUCAGUGGCUUCCAGAUGCGAUACCCUCCAAUACAGAGAAUAAACAGUUACAUAACGUUUCAUUUUGUAAAAUUGCUUAUAAAGCAUAUUGUAAUGAAAUCCGUCCAACGGAUAAAGCCUGGAGCAAGCCGGUACAACCACAACAACGGAAAAUUAAAUGCAUAAACGCUACUCCUGAUAAAAACACAACUCCAAUUACAGUUUACAAUUCUAGUACUGGCAAUCGAUACAAGUCUCCUUUGCCCAUUGUCAUGCCAGUUAUUGGAGUUGUGUUUUUAAUUUCUGGUAGCUACGCUCCGGGCCUUGGCCAGUCCAGCGUUGGGCGAAAUCCGGACAUGGACUAUGUGGAGCUGAUGAGUCAUGGUGAAUUACCCUCGAUCGACGAGAAUCUCAACUUGGAUCAGUUUAGCUUCUCCGAGUUCAUACAAUCGUACAACACUAAGCCACAAUAGGUAUGUCAGGCGCGAUAUAUUUCUUAUAUAUCUACCUAUCAAUCAAUUGUUUUUGUUUUUCAUCUCGAUGAUAUCUUUAAUCGUCUACAUGACGGAUAUAGUCUGUUAUUAUUGUUGUUUUAUAGGGGAGGGAUGUAAAAAUGUUUUCGUUGUCUGCAAUAUAUAUAUAUGUAUAUCUAUAUAGAUUCGCCUCCAAGGAAACGUGGCAUAUCUUUCAUUUUCAUAGUAUGAAAGUGCAAUAUGUUUAAGAGAACAAGUAUCAGUUAGUUAUGAACAAAUAAUUGAAAUUGAUCUUAGUUACAAUUAUGUGUAUCACUGAGUGUACCUCUGUGUGUCGUUUUAUAAAGUUAUAUACUUAAUUUUCAAUUCAGUACUUGUUACAUUAAUAGAAACUGGUCUUAUAUAUUUUGCCAUUUAAGUUUUAUUCAGAAACAAAUAUCGUUUGGCACAAGACGUCGAACAUUAUGUAUUCUACUAUGAUAAAACGUUAAUAUAUAAUAUGUAAUUUUAAAUGCUAUAUUUUUACAAAAUAACGAUAGUUUUUUACAGGUAUAAUAUUGAAUGAACUUUGUCUUUUUCUUAAGCAUCAUCCAAAAAAUAACUUAUAAUAUAUGAUCUAGUAAAACUUUUAUGUAUUAAUUGAAGAAAUAUACACAAGAGAUAAUGGUAACAAAUGAUGAUUAGAUUUAGAUGUCAACUGACAGUAGAAUUGCUAUGAUAAUAGGUAGCUAUGAUGCUAUGAUGCUCUAUGAUGCUAUGAUAAUUUAAUACAGACAAUCAUUUCUACGUCCAGUCAUGUAUAUAGUGAAUUUACAGAAAAUAAGUAUUUUAAUUUAAUUAACUAAUGGGAUAGUGUGCGGAAAUGAGAAACGGGAUUUUGUGCAACGCUAACAAAGAGUGUGUAUAACAUGUAAUCAGCGUGACCUAAAUAUGUGCCUUAUGAUGAUCUUCGAAUUAAUGCUCGUUAUAUUUUUUGAGAGCUCUUACAAACAAGUUGCAUGUAUUUUUAGUAAAAAAAUUUUGUCCUCGUCUCAUCAUUUAACUUUGACGAAGAAAUAACAUAUUUCUUUAUAUCGUUUAAAUGUCUUUUAUGUUCAAAAUUUUUAUUUUUUCAAAAUUUUUUGGAAAAAUUAAAAUCGAAAAUUUCUGUUUAUAUAACUGUUUGGUGUAUAACAUUUUCAAUUUUUCAAUUACCGAAAUUAAAUUUUUUGAUAAAUUUUUUAGAUCUCUAAGCAUAGGAAGUUUCUAUUGUCGGUUAAAAUAGAUAAUUCAUUUUUUAACUAUUGUUCCCUCCCCUGUAGUUUAUAUCCUCUAUUGAAAAUUCAAUCGUUGUGCAUAUAUAAAACAUCGAUAUACGCUAAAUUUCACUCUAAAUAGGGAUAGAAUUGAAAGUAGAGUUAUUCCUAUUAAAUUUACUAUAUGUAUAAUAUAAAUAUUAUAUAUAUAUAUAUAUAUAUGUACGUAUAAAUUCACAUACGUACAUAUUUAUGUAUAAGUGUGCAUGCAUGUACUUGAUCAUGUAUAUGCGUAAACGUACACGCAUGUACAUGUAUGGAUGUAGCUAAAUUUCUAAAGAGUAUAUGUUAAUAUUGUUUAUUAUUAAAUCUAUUGUCUAUUAUCCUUCAUCAAAGAUUAGAAUUUAUUUUAUUAUUGAGAACAAUUUUACUGUUUGUAAAUGAUAUACGUCAUUAUUGUUCUUAUUCAUUUAUAUAUAAUAAUUAUUAUUAUAUAAGUGUAAAAUAAGAUGUGUUCGUGCUGAAUUGACGUAUCGAAUAAAAUAGCUUCUAAUUCGAUUUUUUAAUUGUUUCCGUUCGAAUUUUAACAAUUCAAUAUUUUUUCCUUUAAAUAUUUAUUAUAACAUACAGUAGAAAUUUAUUUGGAAUAAUGAUAAAGCGAUAUAAAAAUUCUGUCAUUCAAGAAAUUGAAUAUUCAAAAAUCUAUUUUUAUUUGCACUUCAGUCACAAUUUGCAGUCUCUAUUCGUGUUAAGGAAUUGUCACAUUUGGAAUCCAAACAUUUAUAA